CUGAGUGAUGCCACCCGAGCCUUGCUCCACCUGCUUUGCCUCUGCAGCCAAGGCCAGAAGGGAAGCCAGAGUCUCCUCAAGCGCUCUGGCUUUAGAGCCAUCCCUCUGCCUGCGAUGGGAGUCACCCAGCACCUCAGUCGUAGUCCCGCCGGGAGACCCCAGGCCCCAGACAUGUGAUGACCUCCGAGCAAAGGCUGCUUCUGCCACCAGAGCCUUGCCAGGCCAUGAAUGCCCACCCCAAGGAGAUGGUGCCCGCCACGGGCAGGAAAGCCAUGGUCCCCAGUGGGAACCCUGCCAUCCUGCAGGAGAAGAGGCCUGCCGAGCUCACCCCCACCAAGAAGAGCGCGCACUUCUUCCUGGAGAUAGAAGGGUUUGAGCCCAACCCCACCAUCUCCAAGACCUUAGCCCCCAUCUUCUCCAAGCCCAUGGACUCCAACAUCCACCAGUGCAUCUCUGGCAACUGUGAUGACAUGGACUCCCCUCAGUCUCCCCAGGAUGAUGUGACAGAGACCCCGUCCAAUCCCAACAGCCCGAGUGCGAACUUGGCCAAGGAAGCGCAGAGACGCAAUAAGAAGCGGCUGAAGAAGCGGAUAUUUGCUGCUGUGUCAGAGGGCUGCGUGGAGGAGGUGGUGGAGCUGCUGGUGGAGCUGCAGGAGUGGUGCCGGCAACGCCGUGGCAUGGACGUGGCUGACUUCCUCAUGCGCGAGCUGACAGCCUCCGACACAGGGAAGACCUGCCUGAUGAAGGCCUUGUUAAACAUCAGCCACAACACCAAGGAGAUCGUGCGGAUCCUGCUCACCUUCGCUGAGGAGAACGACAUCCUGGACAGGUUCAUCAACGCCAAGUACACGGAGGAGGCCUACAAAGGGCAGACAGCGCUGAACAUCGCCAUCGAGCGGCGGCAGGGGGACAUCACCGCGGCGCUCAUUGCCGCUGGCGCCGACGUCAACGCCCACGCCAAGGGUGUCUUCUUCAACCCCAAGUACCAACACGAAGGCUUCUACUUCGGGGAUGGGCAGAAGAGCCAGCUUCACACCCAUUCCACAGACAAAGCUGGGGCCCAGGUUCAUGGUAUCCUGAAGUACAUCCUCAGUCGUGAGAUCAAGGAGAAGCCACUCCGGAGCCUGUCGAGGAAGUUCACUGACUGGGCGUAUGGACCCGUGUCAUCCUCGCUCUAUGACCUCACCAAUGUGGAUACCACGACAGAGAGCUCGGUGCUGGAGAUCAUUGUCUACAACACCAAUAUCGAUAACCGGCACGAGAUGCUGACUGUGGAGCCCCUGCACACGCUGUUGCAUAUGAAGUGGAAGAAAUUUGCCAAGUACAUGUUCUUCCUGUCGUUCUGCUUUUAUUUCAUCUACAACAUCACCCUAACGCUUGUCUCAUACUACCACCCGCGGGAGGAGGCCCUUCCACACCCCUUGUCUCUGACACACAAGAUGGGGUGGCUGCAGCUCUUAGGAAGGAUGUUCGUGCUCAUUUGGGCCAUGUGCAUCUCUGUGAAAGAGGGCAUUGCCAUCUUCCUGCUGAGGCCCUCGGAUCUGCAGUCCAUUCUCUCAGAUGCCUGGUUUCACUUUGUCUUUUUUAUCCAAGCUGUGCUUGUGAUACUGUCUGUCUUCUUGUACUUGUUUGCCUACAAAGAGUACCUUGCCUUCCUCGUGCUGGCCAUGGCCCUGGGCUGGGCGAACAUGCUCUACUACACUCGGGGAUUCCAGUCCAUGGGCAUGUACAGUGUCAUGAUCCAGAAGGUCAUUUUGCAUGAUGUUCUGAAGUUCUUGUUUGUAUAUAUUGUGUUUCUACUUGGAUUUGGAGUAGCCCUGGCCUCGCUGAUGGAGAAGCGUCCCAAGGACAAUAGCUGCAGCAGCUCCUACAGCAGCUUCAGUGACGCAGUGCUAGAACUCUUCAAGCUCACCAUAGGCCUGGGCGACCUGAACAUCCAGCAGAACUCCAAGUACCCCAUCCUCUUUCUGUUCCUGCUCAUCACCUACGUUAUCCUCACCUUUGUCCUCCUCCUCAACAUGCUCAUCGCCCUGAUGGGAGAGACCGUGGAGAAUGUCUCCAAGGAGAGUGAGCGCAUCUGGCGCCUACAGAGAGCCAGAACGAUCUUGGAGUUUGAGAAGAUGUUACCAGAGUGGCUGAGAAGCAGAUUCCGGAUGGGAGAACUGUGUAAAGUAGCAGAGGAAGAUUUCCGACUGUGCUUGCGGAUCAAUGAGGUGAAGUGGACGGAAUGGAAAACGCACGUCUCCUUCCUUAAUGAGGACCCGGGACCCGUGAAACGGACAGAUUUCACCAAAAUCCAAAAUUUGUCCAGGAGCAACAGCAAAACCACUCUCAAUGCGUUUGACGAAAUAGAUGAAUUUAUAGAAACUUCCGUGUAGAAGCAGAACCCAGAGCUGGUGUGAGCGUGGGCUGUCUGAUGCCUCAGCAUGGCUCCUGAACUUCGUGUUGAGGGGCUUCUCAGAGUGAAUGGAACCUUGCUCUGCCUGCCUAGAAGCUGAACACACCCUGAUGCUGAGUGGGUGACUAAAUUGAACCGAGAGGCAGGUGUCAGUUUGUCUGAAUGGAAAACAUCCUGGAUUUUGUUACUCUGCAAAGAGACUGUGCAAACCCAUGGCCAGCAGUCCUGGGCCUGGGAGUCUCCUGAAGUCCUGGGUGAGGUCCCCGAUUUCACCAAAUGUAGGUCUGCUUGGCUAGGGCAGAGGGGUGGUUGAGAAGGGACAGGGGCUUGAGGAGCAGGGACAGGAGUCUUUCGUCCUGCAAUCUCUCGUUGACAGCCCCUGCACCACCCCAACUCCAGCUCACACUUCUCACCAUCUCUACUCAUGUGACUGGGUCACUUGAAUUUGUGGGAGACUCUUGAUCCCACCCUAGAAUGUUCAAGGGGCUGAGCUCAGCAGAACAUCCUGUGGGAGGAGGGGAGUGAGCUAUGGAAAUGUCCUUCUGGAAUCUUUAGGGAACAGGAAACCACCUUUGGAAUGAGAAUGCCCUUGGUACCCCAAGGCUCAAACUGUCUCACAACGAGAGACGUUUUUAGCAGUGUAAUUAACACAGAGUUUUUAUUUUCAAAAUAGAAAAGACAUUUUAGUUUUGAAUGAAAAUCACUUCAGAUGAAGUGUGCAUUUUUAAAAGCUGAAGAAUAGAUUUUGGGCUUUUGGGCUGGAUGUAAGUAUUAUAUACUUGGCCUCAGAUUGGCCACCCCAAGGAUAAAAAGCUUUUCUUUAUACACAUAAAGGUCCACAUGGAACACGCCAAGUAGGUCCUGUCCAGCCGCUGUGAUCUGGGUUAAAGGGCUUGGCUCUUUUCCUUGUCCCAGUCUUGCAAUAGUGCAUGUCUCUGAGCUGGGACAGUGGCUUCAUUUGAAACACAAGUAGCAGCUGAUCUGUUUAUAUGAUUUUAAAUCCCAGAGUUUACUAUUAUACACCAGUACUUCUCAUUGGGGGAAGUUAACAAAAUACCUAAAAUGUUCUGCUGUACAAUAUUUUUGGUUAACUGUGAAUUUUGAAGUUGAAAGGGGAAGGCUUGUGAGAGAAGAGUGUUUGCCAAGACUUGGGGCUUAUUUUUAGACCUUCAUCCUCAGUUUUCUUCCCUCCCAGAAGUUAAACAGAGUCAGUUGGGGGAAGAGCUGAUGUGGAGAGUUGACGCAAUUUUCUAAGUAACUGGAGCCUAAACAACAAGAAAAUCCACUCUGCCUCAGUUACCUGGUGAAAGCAUUCAUGUGAGAAUCACUGAGGUGGAGUUAUAUUUACCUUAAUCUUAAUUUUAAAUGGCACAAAAAUAAAUCUAGCCUUUAGAUACUUGGCAGUUGGCUAUUUCAUGUGACUUGAGGCCAACUGAGGGGGCCAGGCCAAGCAGUUCACUCUGGGUGCCAGCUUAACUGGAAGGGUAACAACUUGGCCUUCAUGCCCCUGAUGGGUCCAUGUGUUACAGGUUCCACUUCCCUGCUUGGUUGGGGAGAGCUGGGAUGGGUAAAGGGUGCAGCCUCCUAUACUCCCAGCUGACCUACGGAGCCAACUAGUGCUAUAAGCUGUAGUGGGCAGACCGAGCUUAGAUGUGAGCAGGGUAGAAGGGGCUAGGGAUGUGCCAUCUGGAGAGAGAAGAUUUGGGGGGAUCUGUCAUGGAGGCAAAGGGUGCAGAUGUGAUCCAGAUAGGCAGAACUAGUGCCAAAGGCCAGAAAUUUCAGGGAGCAAGAUUUUGGUUCAGUUCAGUUGAGCGGCUGCUCCACAUCUUGGAGGCGUUUAAGCAGAAGCGAUUGAGUACUUAUUCAGGAUAUUGUUGAAGAUCAUAACUGGAUGAAUUUUAUGGUGCCUGUUAACCGGGAGAGUCUAGGAGUCAGUGUCCAGGGUCUGGAGUUACCUAUCUGAAUUUAUAUUGUACAGAUGUCCUGGGUUAAAGGGCAGGAGUUUGGAUCAAUGGCACCAUACUCCACACUUUGGAGCCGGGAGUUCCAGAAUUGCUUUGACUCAGGUGUUAAUGGAUAAAUCCAUAUAGCUCUCCACUGUAUACAUGGACAAAAGCCAGGAGGUUUGGCAACGAGAAAUCAAUAAUUGGAUCUUUAUCUUCUCACACAAUUGCGUCAACUCUCCACUCUCCAUGCAUCUGGAUGGAAUUUUUUGGCAAGACCAUUUCUGUACUGGAUAUUCUUCCCAGCAGUGGCAUUCCCAAAGGGUUUUCAGUCUACAUGAUCUGAGCCUAGGCAGGUUUACCAAGGCAAGGUGAAGCAGUGAGUCAAAGAGCCUCAGAGCCAGAAACGACCAGUGCCCUCAGUUUACACCUAGAGACAAAACGCAGAAAGGAAAGUAGACUUGCUCAGAGUCACUGAUACGUAGGAAAUCAUAUCAGAGGUUACUGAAGCUGGAGCGUCCUGAUUCCUGGACCAUGGGUUUCCCCCUACACCAUGUCUCUCUCUCUCUUUUUUUUUUUUUAAAGCACUGUUAUUCAUAAAUUUGAGUCAAUCUUUAUGGUUGGCAUAGCCAAUGGGUCUAGGGCUUUUUGCUUAGAUGACUCAUGGUGGCCAUCCAAAGCGUUCUUAUAAUCCCUGUGACUGGUUUAAAACUCAAGUGUGCACAAAACCACACACACACCUCAUACCACACUAAAUCCAUGGGCAUAUUGGGAUGUCUUAAGAGUUCAUGAUUUACAUUUCAAUAAUUUAAGGGGAAGGUGUUUUCCAGGAAUAAGAUCUCCAGUGCUCAGAUACUGUUUUUGGCUGGAAAAUUUCUUUUAGCUAAACUCUGCCUCAGGAAUAAUUCUCAAUAUUAUGAAAUGUAUCUGUUUGGAAUAAAAAUGAUGCUUACUUUCCUCCCUGGGAUGUGGGAGGUGUGCGAGGCUGUACUGUGAAGUCAUUAAGCUCUUAGAAGAAGAGAAAAACGCAGUAUUAUUGACAUUCCUCUCCCUCCUCAAGCCCUGAGUGAACGAUGUUCUUUUGCUCUGGGCAGGGCCCAGGUAGAUGGGCUAUCACCCAGGCCCAUAAGACAUACUUGAUUUCUGCAUUGAUUUACAUGUGUUUACGGUGAUCUUGGUCCCAAACUCAGAAUUGUCACCUCAUUCUCAUUGAAUGUGCCUGAUCCUUGUAAACUCUGAUUUACAUACUUGUUCUUAGUGUUUCGUGUGUGUGAAGCUCUGUGUUCAAGAAAGAAAUUAUAAGAAGAGUAAGAAUAUUUUAGUGCUGUUAAAGAAAUGUGUUUUUUUUUUUUUUUUGAUUUCUAAUAAAUAUUUAUUUUGCCUUGUUAUGGCCAUGUUUUAUCCUUGUGUUAGGUGUGCAGAUGGAAAGACUGACUAGAAAUUCUAGUGUUGCUUACCAGGAGUGGAUAAAUGGAAGGCCACUUUGUAGACUUGAAACAUUGUUCUUGGUCCCAGCUCAGGGAUACAGCCAGCAUACUGUCAUACAUGUCAGCUUCCUACAGUGCAUUCAGGUCCAGUACCCCAUUUGAACCACCCAGCAACUCUGGGAG